AUGGAGUUGGACCACAGGACGACCGGCGGCCUCCACGCCUACCCCGCGCCCCGCGGCGGGCCGGCCGCCAAGCCCAACGUGAUCCUGCAGAUCGGUAAGUGCCGGGCGGAGAUGCUGGAGCACGUGCGGAGGACCCACCGGCACCUGCUCGCCGAGGUGUCCAAGCAAGUAGAGCGGGAGCUGAAGGGGCUGCACCGGUCCGUGGGCAAGCUGGAAAGCAACCUGGACGGGUACGUGCCCACCGGCGACUCGCAGCGCUGGAAGAAGUCCAUCAAGGCCUGCCUGAGCCGCUGCCAGGAGACCAUCGCCAACCUGGAGCGCUGGGUCAAGCGGGAGAUGCACGUGUGGCGGGAGGUCUUCUACCGUCUGGAGAGGUGGGCCGACCGCCUGGAGUCCGCGGGCGGCAAGUACCCGGUGGGCAGCGACCCAGCGCGCCACACCGUCUCGGUGGGCGUCGGGGGUCCCGAGAGCUACUGCCAGGAUGCGGACAACUACGACUACACUGUCAGCCCCUACGCCAUCACUCCCCCGCCGGCCGCCGGCCAGCUGCCGGGGCAGGAGGAAGUGGAAGCCCAGCAGUACCCGCCCUGGGCGCCGGGGGAGGACGGGCAGCUGAGCCCCGGCGUGGACACGCAGGUCUUCGAGGACCCGCGGGAGUUCCUCCGCCACCUGGAGGACUAUCUGCGCCAGGUGGGCGGCUCCGAGGAGUACUGGCUGUCUCAGAUCCAGAACCACAUGAACGGGCCGGCCAAGAAGUGGUGGGAGUACAAGCAGGGCUCCGUGAAGAACUGGGUGGAGUUCAAGAAGGAGUUCCUGCAGUACAGCGAGGGCACGCUGUCCCGGGAGGCCAUCCAGAGGGAGCUGGACCUGCCGCAGAAGCAGGGCGAGCCGCUGGACCAGUUCCUGUGGCGCAAACGGGACCUGUACCAGACGCUGUACGUGGACGCCGAGGAGGAGGAGAUCAUCCAGUAUGUGGUGGGCACGCUGCAGCCCAAGCUCAAGCGCUUCCUGCGGCCCCCGCUGCCCAAGACCCUGGAGCAGCUCAUCCAGAAGGGCAUGGAGGUGCAGGAUGGCCUGGAGCAGGCGGCCGAGCCCGCCGCGGAGGAGGCCGAGGCCCUCACGCCCGCCCUCACCAACGAGUCCGUAGCCAGCGACCGGACUCAGCCCGAGUAG